GUAAUAUCUGAAAAGUAAGUUUGGAGUUCGUUGCGUGGGUACAAGACGCGUCGGGAUCGCAUUUGGCAUUAUAAAGGGCAAGCUGUCAACUUCCCUAUUUGAAUUUGCUUUGGACAUCACUGUGAGGCAGAACUGAUAUGCCACUUGAAUUAAUAAGGGAAGUCAAUGGAGUGCCUGAAGUUCAGCCACUGAGUAUAUUACACACAGUGUGUUUGAGAUCCCUACAGCUGGAUUGUGAUUAUAGCAAGAAAUAUAUCCAGGACACUAUUGCAGUGGCUGAAUUUAUUGUUUUGUCAGCUUCUUCAUCUAGAAUGGAAAGCAUUACAUAUUUUUGAAAGCAUUUGAAGACUUCAACUGUUUAUGUUUAUGUUAAAUCUAUAAGAGAUUGUUCUACAGAAUCAAUGUCUUUGGUCCCAGCAACAAAUUAUGUAUAUACACCCCUGAAUCAACUUAAGGGUGGUACAAUUGUUAAUGUCUAUGGUAUUGUGAAGUUUUUUAAGCCCCCAUAUCUAAGCAAAGGAACUGAUUAUUGCUCGGUUGUAACAAUUGUGGACCAGACAAAUGUAAAGUUAACCUGCCUGCUCUUUAGUGGAAACUAUGAAGCCCUUCCAAUAAUUUAUAAAAAUGGAGAUAUCGUUCGCUUUCACAGGCUGAAGAUCCAAGUAUAUAAAAAUGAAACGCAGGGUAUCACCAGCUCUGGCUUUGCAUCAUUGACAUUUGAGGGAAUUUUGGGAGCUCCUGUCAUACCUCGUACUUCAAGCAAGUAUUUUAACUUCACUACUGAGGACCAAAAAAUGGUAGAAGCCUUACGUCUUUGGGCAUCUACUCAUAUUUCUCCUUCUUGGACAUUACUAAAAUUGUGUGAUGUUCAGCCAAUGCAGUAUUUUGACCUGACUUGUCAGCUCUUGGGCAAAGCAGAAGUGGAUGGAACAUCAUUUCUUCUAAAGGUAUGGGAUGGCACCAGGACACCAUUCCCAUCUUGGAGAGUCUUAAUCCAAGACCUUGUGCUUGAAGGUGAUUUAAGUUACAUCCAUCGGCUACAAAAUCUGGCAAUAGACAUUUUAGUCUAUGAUAACCAUGUUCAAGUGGCAAAAUCUCUGAAGGUUGGAAGCUUUCUUAGAAUCUAUAGCCUCCAUACCAAACUUAAAUCAGUGAAUUCAGGGAACCAGACAACAUUAAGUCUGGAGUUUCAUCUUCAUGGAGGUACCAGUUACGGUCGGGGAAUCAGGGUCUUGCCAGAAAGUAACUCUGAUGUGGAUCAACUGAAAAGGGCUUUAGAAUCUGCAGAUUUGACAGCCAAUCAGCUUUCAGGUGGUAUCUGUCAAUCAGAACCUGAGGACAGCGUACCAAGCUCCGGAUCAGUAUCAUUAUAUGAGGUAGAAAGAUGUCAACAGCUAUCUGCUACAAUACUUACAGAUCAUCAAUAUUUAGAGAAAACACCACUAUGUGCUAUUUUGAAACAAAAAGCUCCUCAACAGUAUCGUAUCCGAGCAAAAUUGAGGUCAUAUAAACCCAGAAAACUCUUUCAGUCUGUUAAACUUCGUUGUCCUAAAUGUCAUUCACUGAAAGAAGUUCCACAUGAGGGCAGUUUGGAUAUGAUUUUGCAAGAUGGUGCAGCUAAAACCCCAGAUAUCAAACUACAAAAUACAUCAUUAUAUGAUUCAAGAAUCUGGACCACAGAAGAUCAAGGAGGACGAAAAGUAGCUGUUCAUUUUGUGAGAAAUGAUGGUAUUCUCCCACUUUCAAAUGAAUGUCUAAUUUUGAUAGAAGGAGGUUCACUCAGUGAAAUCUGUAAACUUUCAAACAAGUUUCAUAGUAUAAUUCCUGUGAGAUCUGGCCAUGAAGACUUGGAGCUCCUGGACCUUUCAGCACCAUUUCUUAUACAAGGAAAAGCCUAUCACUAUGGAUGUAAGCAGUGUUCUAGCUUGAAACCAAUACAAAAUCUGAAUUUCCUGGUCGAUAAAGCGUCAUGUAUUCCAUCUUCUGUGGCAGAAGUUCUGGGUAUUGUACCCCUCCAAUAUGUGUUUGUUAUGACAUUUACUCUUGAUGAUGGAACAGGAGUAUUAGAAGCAUAUCUCCUGGAUUCUGACAAAUUCUUCCAGAUUCCAGCAUCAGAAAUCCUAGUGGAUGAUGACCUUCAGAAAAGUAUGGCUAUGAUCAUGGAUAUGAUUUGUCCUUCAAGAAUAAAAAUUGAUUCAUAUCCGUGGUUGGAAUGCUUCAUCAGGUCAUAUAAUGUCAUAAAUGGAAUAGAGCAGCAAAUUUGCUAUCAGAUUUUUGACACCACAGUUGCAGAAGAUCUUAUCUAAUAUUGCCAUUCAACUUAACGUACGUAAAAUAUUGUAAUUUUAGAAAAUGUUACUUUUCAUGAGAUUGUUAUAAAACAUGUAAGAAAUUUAGUUGUUUUUGAAAUACCAUCCACAUUUCCAUUUUAACCACUAUUUUAGUGUUUUUUUUGUUUUGUUUUGUUUUUGAUAAAUAGACAUCGUGUUAUCUUCUUGUGAAUAUGUUAAUAAUGUUCCUGUUUCUCCAGAUAUCCAGCAUGAGGAUGGCUUCCGGGUAUAUAAAAGAAAAAGAGACAUUCAAUAAAUAAUAGUGUUUUCAUUUACUCUUUGUAUUCCCUUUAGAGAAGGUAUUUUGUUUCCUUGCACUAAAAUCAUUUUUCCUACUGUUUUUUUUAUGUAUCAGCCACUGAUUUCUCUGUCAUUCACCAUCCCUAGUUGGGCUUCUUUUCCUGCCCUGGUUUUUUAAUAUCAGCAGUGUUGAUAAUUUUAGCAUGGCUAUGGGAUUAGAAAAUAUCUUUACCUUAAAUUUCUUGUCUUUUACUGGGUACAAGGUAAAUGACAGCUACUGGUUUGGUUUGGUUUGGUUUGGUUUGAUUUUUAUACAGAGGGAUCUGCUUAAACAGCACUUUUUAGAGAAGUGUUUCUCUUAGUGAGCUACAGGGUACUAAAAGUGAUUUGCUAUAAGUAGAAGUGGCAAAAUUGCGUUGUUUGAGUGCUGAUAUUGAGCAUUUUAGGAUAAAUCCAUGUCUUUAGACCUAAAUUGGAUGUUUUGUUUGUUUCCCUCCGUGGUAUUAGAAGUUAUUCCAUUCCACCUCAGGCUAAUAGAGUGGUCAGAUUUACAAACUUAAUGACUUAUUUAUAAUGUUAGUGACCCUUUUUCGUAGUCUCAUGUAAAAUACACCUAUAUUACUAGUUUUCACUAAUUGAGUGAGAUGUUAAAUCAGUAUAAUAGUCUACUUUUUACCUGACAGUGUUUGCCAAAUUUAAAAUCAUGACUAUUUAAUUUCCUACAAAUAUGUCUAUGUAUUUGUAUGUACAAAUUUGUGUAUGUUAUUUGCUGAAGUCUCAGACAUAUAGAUCUGCCUAGUUCAAUAUUAGUGAAGAAUAAAAUAAAUUCACAUAUUUCAAUUGUUUCUUUUAUUUGCCCUAUGUUGAGCUAAGAAAUGAUAGGAGGCAAAGAAUUUCAAAGCAGGUAUUGUGUAAAGUACUUAACAUAUAUUUGAACCUUACAACAGCCAGUUUUCCUGAUAAGAAAACUAAGGCUUUAUUGAUAAGCUGAUUUGACUAAUUUCACAUAGUUUUGUGGGGUUUUUUGAGAGAGGGUCUCUGUUGCCAGGGCUAGAGUGCUGUGAUGUCACAGCUCA